AUAUAUAUAAAAAUAAAACCUGGGCUCCAUAUUAGUCGUUUUCACAUUAGUGUCAGUGUUCCUCAGGCUCACGUUGAUUAUAAAGAAUAUUGCUAAUGACAGCGUUAUUGAUCCUUUUUGGACACGCCUCCCCCGCCCAAAAUUGCCAAUUUAUUUGCCAUAUGAAUUUUUAGAGCCACUCGAGCCAGACUGACAAAACAGAUAGAGCUCGAGGCUGCAUUACUCGUAUUGUUAACUUGGUUACCACCGUCUUGAUAGGACGGUCUACACAUUAGAGAGUUAAUAUCAGUAGGCUAGUAUGCGAAAGACAUUUCGCCUGUGACGGAGUUGGAUGUUUCGAAUGCCGCUGCUGCGCAAAUUACGGUUGCUAUGCGGAAUGCAAGAGACGGAAAGGGACCGAUACAUCGAUACGACUUUAAUGCACCUUUUUACAAUCAAAAAUACUCUGCGAGUGGUCUUAUGAAAAUUGAUGAAUUUGUGCAUGGGUGUUGUAGUAAGUGCAAGACUCGGGUUUCUACGUGUAUUUCCAGGCAGAACCGGUUCUCUCUUUACGCCUGCGAAGAUUGUGACUGCACAGAGCACGACUCGGGGCAGAUAUUCGGAUGUUUACGGUAGUACGACCGGUAGUUUGCCUACGUAGAAAAAAGGAGUACAGGCGAAGUUUAUUAGGGCGUGAGGAGACGUGGAUGGUCGGAAAGUUUGGGCACUCAGGUGUACAACAAUGUGGGCUGCUAUUCUUUCAACGGCCCGAGCUGUUCUUUGAUCGCGACGGAUGUUUUUGGGGUGAAGGUCUGAGUUGUCAGCAGCGUCAUGGCAGAUCUACAGGCAAACACGGAGAAGGAGUGGACUCGUGCCGAGGCGCGCGUAUGCUGCCUUACUGAAGAUCAGUUGGACGGCGUCAGAGCCAGCGAAAAGCGGGAGUUUUUCCUGGUGCAUCACCUGGCUGAGCUAAAAGAGGGAAGCAUCUCUCCACUGCUCCACAACACCCCCAUCACCUGCAGAGUUGAGAACACUGAGAGAUACACUACUCGCUCCAAGGUACGUAUAUGUACCCUCUACACAGUGCGCCUGACGCACGGGGACUUCACGUGGACAGUGAAGAGGAAGUAUAAGCAUUUUCAGGAGCUGCACAGAGACCUGUACAAACACAAGAUGAUGCUGCAGUUCCUCCCCCUUGGGAGAUUUGCCUUGCAGAGACAGCAGUUGGAGAGCAUGAGUGAGGAAAUGCCCACUCUGCACGGCACAGAUAGGAUAAGAAGGACAGCCAGCAAACCGAAAUACCUGGAGGAUUUCCUAAACAGCCUGCUGGAGAACACCUUCUCCAAGAACUACAGUGGCACGCUGGAGUUCCUUUCUGUCAGUCCUCUGUCCUUCAUCAAAGAUCUUGGACCCAAAGGCAUCGAGGGCUACGUGCUGAAGCGCUCCGGUGGCCACCGCAUCCAGGGCCUCAACUGCUUCGGCCACCACCAGUUCUGCUUCCGCUGGUCGCACCGCUGGCUGGUGGUCAAGGACUCGUUCCUGCUCUACAUGUCCAGAGACCCUGGCAUGGUCUCCUUCGUGCUGCUGUUCGACCCGGAGCUGAAGGUCCUGGUGGGCCGCUGCUACACGGACACCAAGCACGGCGUCUGCAUCGAGAACUUCAGCAGGAAACUGAUUAUUAAGUGCAGCAGCUACAGGCAGGCUCAGUGGUGGAGUCACGAGAUCCGGCAGCUGUCUGAACACUGCGACUUUCUCCAGGCCCACCGUUUCAAAGGCUUCGCCCCACCUCGCCCCCACACCCCUACCAAGUGGUAUGUGAACGGGAGUGGGUAUUUCUCAGACCUGGCCGAUGCACUGGAGAAAGCAACAGAGGAGAUCUUCAUCACUGACUGGUGGCUGAGUCCUGAAGUCUUCCUCAAGCGUCCUGCAAGGGGAACGUACUGGCGCCUGGACCAGAUCCUCAAACGCAAAGCAGAGCAGGGAGUGAAGGUGUGUGUGCUCUUGUACAAAGAGGUGGAGCUGGCUCUGGGCAUCAACAGUGACUACAGCAAGCGAACCCUCAUGAACCUGCACCCCAACAUCAAGGUGAUGCGUCACCCCGACCACAUGGCUUCCGUGGUGUUCCUGUGGGCCCAUCAUGAGAAGAUGGUGGCCAUUGACCAAUCGGUGGCCUUCGUGGGUGGGUUGGACCUCGCCUUCGGGAGAUGGGAUGACAGCAGCUAUAGGCUGGUGGACAUGACACCUUCCAGAGUAGCCAAUCCUGGAGCAGAUCCCAAGACAGAGAAGGACCUGGAGGGUGAAUCGGCCAUCCCUCUCACUACUGGGGAGGCUAGUGACCCCCCUAGAGGCAGUGAUGAGGUGGACCUGGGCUGUAACUCCCUCUUGUGGCUGGGCAAAGACUACAGCAACUUCAUCAAGAGAGACUGGACCCAGCUGGAGCAGCCUUUCCAAGAUAACGUGGAUCGCACCCAAGUGCCACGGAUCCCGUGGCGUGACCUUGGAGCGGUGAUUCAUGGGAAUGCGGCCCGGGACAUGGCGCGCCACUUCAUCCAGCGCUGGAACUUCACUAAGAUCUUCAAGAUAAAGUACAAGGACAAGUUUUACCCAUACCUGCUCCCCAAGAGUCACAUUACUGCUACCCACCCACCCUUCACUGUGUCUGGAGCCACCAGAGCAUCUGUACAGGUGCUUCGCUCUGUGGACCGCUGGUCUGCAGGCACGUGUGAGGCCUCCAUCCUAGACGCGUACAUACACACCAUCGAGAACAGCCAGCACUACAUCUAUAUAGAGAAUCAAUUCUUCAUCAGCUGUGCAGAUGAAAAGAGUAUUCACAACACCAUCGGCGAUGCCAUUGUUAAGAGAAUUCUGCGUGCUCACAGUGAGAAGCAGAAGUACCGGGUGUUCGUUGUGAUUCCCCUCCUGCCUGGAUUUGAAGGAAACAUCACUGAAGGAGGAGGCAGAGCCAUACAAGCAAUACUGCAUUUCACCUACCGGACAAUAAAUCGGGGCGAGUUCUCCAUUCUAUCCAGACUGAAGGAACAGAUGCAGGAUGAGUGGACGCAGUACAUCUCUCUGUGUGGCGUGCGCACCCACUCUGUGCUGUGCCAGACGCCCGUUACAGAACUCAUCUACGUCCACAGCAAGGCCCUCAUCGCUGACGAUCGCCGCUACAUCAUUGGUUCGGCUAACAUCAAUGACAGGAGCAUGCUGGGAUCCCGGGACAGCGAACUGGCUAUCCUGGUGGAGGACGAGGAGAGGGUUCCAUCACUCAUGAAUGGAGAGGAGUAUGAAGCCGGACCGCUCGCCCUAGCCCUGCGCAAGGAGUGUUUCAGGGUCCUGUUGGGGGCGGAUUCGGACCCAGCAAUCAAUAUUGAUGAUCCAGUCAGUGAUCAUUUUUUCAAUGAGAUCUGGAACAAGAUCGCCCAAUCAAAUGCUUCCAUCUAUGAAACAGUUUUCCGCUGUCUGCCGCUGGAUUCGGUGCGCAGCGCCCGCGGCUUGCAGGAGCACGCGGGGGCGCCGGCACUGGCCCGCUCUGACCUUGAGAGGGCCACCCAGGAGCUCCAGGCCGUCCGCGGCAUCCUUGUCCACUUCCCCUUGCACUUCUUGUGCGAGGAGAACCUACUCCCCCCACCUGGCAGUAAGGAGAGGAUGGUCCCUCUGGAAGUGUGGACGUAGGCGGGUUGCUGGGCGGGCGGUGCAGGUGGUGGCAGGGAGGGUGGUGCUGGAGAGAGAGGUCAGUGAGUAGCGUGACACGGACACAAUCCGAACACAUGAAGACUCGUACUGGCUGCAGCGCAAGUCGUGCUUUUAUCGUUCGAAUGGACCAAACUCGUCCUGCCUGUCUGUGGUAGCCUAUCGGAGAGUGUGGGUUGGAGGUGGGCGUACAGCUGGCCGAACUGUACUGAAGAGCUCUAUAGUUUGUACCACGUUAUUCCUCUCUUCCUCUGCGUGGUAAUAGCAGAGCGCAUGAGGCACACAGGAAGGGGGUGCUGGAGGGCAUGGGGGGGCGGGACUGGGGCAGGACGGGUUUUGGGGCUGAGCUCUGUGUCAGGUGGACGAGCUGGGCUGCACUAUUCCAAGUGAGGCUGCUGUGGUUUCGCAAAAUGGCGGAUGGCGUGAAGUACGAAGUGUGUGUGUGUGUGUGUGUGUGUGUGUGUGUGUGUGUGUGUGUGUGGGAGAGAGAGAAGCAGAGAGGAGUAAGGUGAGCACAUGAGCUGUCUCUGAUGAACUGAACAGAACACAACGUACAUUUAUUGUUGAAAGAGUGUGUGGGUGGAUGGCGUCGCAUCCUCUACCUCUCUUCCUAUAUCUGUCUCUGUCUCUGUCUCUCUCUCUCUCUCUCUAGUGCUACACCUCUCUGUGCAGUGCCAGCAAAUCUGUUGGAACACUUGUGGUUGUCAUGGCGAUGGGUAUAAAGAGCUGACGGGGUUGCGGCUGCCGAGAGAGAGAGGUAGAGGAAAUGAUAGACGGGGUCUAGAUCAGCAGCUCAGGAGAAACGGUGGAAGAGUGACGGGGAGAGCAGACUGGUAAGGAAGGUGGAGUGGGUGGGAUCAGGCAGUA